CAAAACCACCAAAGAAGAAGCGAUAAGCACCCCCACCAACUGACUCCUCACAGAGGACUGCUGUUUUGGGCGUUUUUUUUUGUUGCACUCUACAGACCGGGAGAGAUCACUGCUGAAAUAUGAAGUACUAUUCUCACUGCCCCGUCUCCCGCUACAACAGUAGGCUCACUACCGUCAAGCCGGCCCGCACUGUGCACUUCCCCAAUGACAUUGUUUUCCAGGAUCACAUUAGGCAAGGAGACCUGGAGCAAGUUGGGAGAUUUAUUAGGGCCCGCAAAGUGAAACUGGACACCAUCUACCUCUCAGGCAUGGCAGCUCUGCACGAAGCAGUCCUCUCUGGGAAUCUGGAAUGCGUGAAGCUGCUGGUGAAAUACGGAGCAGACAUUCACCAGAAGGAUGAGAACGGCUGGACCCCGCUGCACAUGGCCUGCAGCGAUGGCUACCCGCACAUUGCCAGGUAUCUCAUGUCACUGGGUGCCAAAGUGGACGUGACAAAUGAAGAAGGAGAAAGGCCUGCCGACCUCAUCGACCCGGACUGCAAGGACUUGGUCUCACUGUUCCAAGGCAUCGGCGUGGCUUGACACGUCGGCCCCGAUGGACACGUCCUCACCCU